AUGGCAGCUCUGAUCAUUAGUUCAGAUAAAAAGAAUCUGUACAAGAAGAUUGCCAUUGCUGUAAUUGGUCUUUUGACUUUUUACAUCGUGUUCCAAGGUGCAUCGGUCUCCUCCCACGGGAACUCUGUCUCCAGCACGCAAUUGUCCGCUGGGAACAGUGCGGUCAAGAAUGCGAAAACUGGGUAUCAGUACAGAACGGUCUCGUAUCCGAAGUAUACGGGCCCCAAGGAGAAGGCCACUUUCGUGACUUUAGUGAGAAACUCGGACUUGUACUCGUUGUUGCCCUCCAUCAAAUCCGUGGAGGACAGGUUCAACCACAAGUUCAACUACGACUGGGUUUUCUUAAACGACGAAGAGUUCACUGAUGAGUUCAAGGACACCGUCAGCGCACUGGUCAGUGGUACCUCCAAGUUUGGGUUAAUCCCCAAGGAGCACUGGUCCUUUCCCUCCUGGAUUGACCAGAAGAAGGCCGCGAGAGUGAGAGACCAAAUGAGAGAGGAUAAAAUCAUAUACGGUGACUCGGUCUCGUACAGGCACAUGUGUCGGUUCGAAUCCGGGUUUUUCUACAGACAGUCAGUCAUGGAUGAAUACGACUGGUACUGGCGUGUGGAACCCGAUGUGCUGUUGCACUGCGACAUCGACUACGAUAUCUUCAAGUUCAUGAGAGAGAACAACAAGAAGUACGGGUUUGCGAUCUCAAUCCACGAGUACGAGGCCACGAUCAAGUCUCUUUGGAAGACGACCCGUGACUUCAUGGAAUUGCACCCGGAGUUCGUCCACCCAAACAAUAUGAUGGACUUCAUCUCGGACGACAACGGUCUCUCGUACAACAUGUGCCACUUCUGGUCCAACUUCGAAAUCGGUGCCCUCGACUUGUGGAGGGGUGACGCGUACUCUGCCUAUUUCGACUAUUUGGACCAAGCUGGUGGGUUCUUCUACGAGAGAUGGGGGGACGCGCCUGUGCACUCCAUUGCUGCUGCUCUGUUCCUAGACCGUAGCGAGAUUCACUUCUUCGACGACGUGGGAUACUUCCACAUGCCCUUCCACUCUUGUCCUCUGGAUCCAGAAGUCAGAUUGAGGGGUAAGUGUGACUGUAACCCAGCAAGCGAUUUCACUUUCCACGGGUUCUCCUGUACCGCCAAGUACUUUACAGUCAACGAUAUGAAGAAACCGGACGGCUGGGUGAACCAAGUUGACGCUGCGUUGUGA